UCCCGUAAAUUAGGUUUGCUUAUUGGUUUUGAUUGGAAAAGAAAGCGCUUCACCGUCCAGCCGUCAAACAGAACACACACACUCGCGAACACAAAAAAACAAAAUAAAAUUUAAAUUAAAAAAAAAAAAAAGUCUUGCAUUUGCAAAUUUGGAGAUUGCCAAUCCAGUCGUCACCCCCUUGUCUUCUCGAUGGGAGAUUGAGUUUUUUACCUUACAACAUUCCCAUCACUCAUUUAAUAAUAUAUGACUGGAGAAUGAUUACCUUAUGAUUUUCUUUCCUUUUCCUUUUCUUUUCUUUUCUUUUCUUUUUCUUUCUCCAGUUUGGAAGCACCACCACCUCAGUGAUGAAAGGUUUCUUAAAAGGUUUCAGAUAUGUCUCACACAUGUUUGAUGAGAAAGAACCAGAAAUACAAAUUGGGUUUCCUACAGAUGUAAAGCAUGUUGCUCAUAUUGGAUGUGAUGGUCCAUCUGCCUCUAAACCAAGCUGGAUGAAUGAGUUUCAAUCUGCUCCACAAAUCUCAAAUGGGACUGCAAAUUGUAUGGAAGAGCUGCAGAACCUUUCAGUAGUUCAACGCUCAUUAGAUGUAAGCCAAGGUGAAAAGCCGAAGAGGAAGUCGAGACGCUCAACAAAUACUGCAGACUCACCCUUGGGUUCCCCUGAUAGAAGAAGCAAUGAGGGAUCAAGGCAUUCGAGGCGCGAAACAUUCUCCGUCGAUACGAACUCACCUUUUAGUUCUCCGCCAAGGAAUUCCAGGCGCAACCGCUCUUCAAACAUUUCAAUGGAUUCUCCCGGCAGAGAUUCACCAAUUGGUAACCAUACAUCAAAACGGCAAACGAAUUCUAACCUUCCUCUUGAAUCACCAGCUCGUGACCAGCCCUCCAUCCCAAAACAUUCUCGGGCGAAAAAGUCCAAAGAAUCAAGAACAAAAGACAAGAAACAUCCUGAAGACGUCCCUGAUCGUAGAGCUCACAAGUCUGAAACCGCGUCUGCAACAUAGAGUCAUGCAGGCCAUUUAAGUUUUGGAGGCAUACCAAGAAGAAUGAGAGGAAUGUAGCUAACUUUGUAUAUUAGAGAUUGAACAUAGUGCUCUGCUAUGAAGAUAUUGUUAUAAUUCAGUUUCUUCUUUAAUUACUAUCACACUUUUUUCUUGUCGGGUA